CUAGGGUUUUGCUCUCUUAUUAGUCUCUCUCUACGUGAGCUGCUGCUUGUUCUCUCUGCCUUGGAAUCCCUGCUCGGAUUUAGCGAUCUUCUUGAUCUGAAACCAUGGCGGACAAGGCAGUUACGAUUCGUACCAGGAAGUUCAUGACUAACCGUCUUUUAUCGAGGAAGCAAUUCAUAAUUGAUGUUCUUCACCCUGGAAGACCCAAUGUUUCCAAGGCGGAGCUGAAGGAGAAGCUAGCAAGUUUGUAUGAGGUGAAGGAUCCCAAUACAAUUUUUGUGUUUAAGUUCAGGACUCACUUUGGAGGUGGCAAAUCCACUGGGUUUGGGUUGAUUUAUGAUUCAGUUGAGAAUGCAAAGAAGUACGAGCCCAAGUACAGACUCAUAAGGAAUGGACUUGACACUAAAGUAGAGAAGUCAAGGAAGCAACUGAAGGAGAGAAAGAACAGGGCCAAGAAAGUUCGCGGAGUAAAGAAGACAAAGGCUAGUGAUGCUGCUAAGGGAGGAAAGAAGAAGUAGGGAUUUUUCAAGGAUUAUAUUAUAUAUAGCCCAUAUCCAGCUAUUGUGUUUUCUUGGGUACUUCUCUAGCAUUUAGGUAAUUUAGAAUGGAAUCUUCUGUUGUCAGUGUGGAUGUUUUUGUCAUCUCAUUUUCCAUUAUAUGAUUUUGGGCGCUUUGCAGAGGACAAGUUUUCAAAUGUUGAGUAGUGAUACAUUUGCUUUUAUUUUCAGUCACUAUCCUGUUAUUACG